AUGACUAACACCGCGCUCUACGCCAGCGGCUUCAAUGCCUUUGGUCAGCUCUCACCGGGCUCGGAAAAGGACAUCACCGAGCUUCAAGAGCUUGUAACCCUGCAGGAUGCUGACAACAUGGAAGAGGUCAAACUCCUUUUCACCGGCUGGAGUGAGACUACCUUCUACCAACACGGCAAAGGUAAGUCAAGCGGUCGAAUCAUCCGCCAUGGCAGCAUCAACACCACUCUGGAUUCGCCACUGGCUGAAUUGGCUUCCGGAUUUGGAGAUCACAAUGGCCUCCUGGGUGUCUACAACAGCAAGGGGGGUGUCGCAUUCGCCGAAGAAACUCAAGUCGAAGCGCACGUUGCAUCAGCAGACUCGCUCUCUGACGAUGAAACUCCAGGUGUUGCACACUUGGCCAUAGCAGGCAACGGUCAUGUCGCCGUGAUUCUCGCAUCUGCAAGUUCACCUCGAAACAGUAUCCUCGAGUUCACAGCCUUUGAGAAGUUCCGCCAGUGGUUCGACGAUGAAGUCAAUGUUUAUCACGGCCCCAGAAUCAGCCACAGCGUUCCAGGCCGUGUUGCACAAUUGGUCGCCAACGUCACUGGAUUCGUAUGCCUGACGCAGGAGGGCAAUGUGUAUACCUGGGGCGAUGCCAGACAUAGCUCGCUGGGGCGGAGUGUAGCUGAGACAGAAGCGAAGAGCCCUGGUCUCGUGGAAUCGCUUGCCGGUAUCCAGAUCAAGAAGAUUGCCUCUGAUGGCUGGAUGACAGCAGCGUUGUCAGAGCAUGGCGCAGUGUAUCUGUUUGGAACAGCAACACCUGGGACUCAACAUACCAUCUCAUGUCUGCAGGACCUUGAUUCUACUCAAGCAGCACUGGUAGAAAUUGAAAGCAAAGGAGAAGCACUGGACUUUCUGGAUAUUGCUGUCGGUGAUGGACAUGUCUUACUGCUGGCUCAGGAUGGACACGUCUUUGGCGCUGGCGACAAUCGGAAUGGUCAACUGGGUCUUGGUCAGAAAGCAUCAAAUCAUGUUCAAGACUGGUCGGAAGUCACCAUCCCGGAUCAAUAUCGAUGUGUUGCGGUAUAUGCAGGCCCAAAAUCAUCAUUCUUCAAAGUCGAAAGGUGA